AUGUUGUUAUUGUACCACCUUGUUACCCAUAUUCUUCCCUUGAGCUUGUUCUUAGAUGCAGCUCUUGGCCAUCGGGUUCAUCGCCGAGACUCCGCUGCCGCGGCUAAUGGGCCACAAUCAGAAUCAGUUGCAAUCACCAAUGGUCAGGCUAUUAUGACAUCGACAGUGCCUGCAGCACCUCUCGCUACACUAUCCAUUGGAAAGGUAGCUGUCCUUGCCAAUACCACAGCUGCCACAGCCCCUAAGGCAGAGCUUGUAGCUGUCGAUGCAGUUGAUACUGUCAGCAGUAAAGUUCUUAUCAUUGCACGGGAUACAGUCUCCGCAUACUCUGCUUGGAGUGGACUUAAUGAUCGAGGAAUUCCAUAUGAAACCUUGAUUGUUCCUGCAGCUGGUGUAGCACUACCGGCCUUGAACAGUUCAGAAACGCAAGGCAAUUAUGGCCUCAUCGUUGUGAUGUCAGAAGUGAGCUACUCCUACACCGGCUUGGGAUACCAAAGUGCAUUAACAGCCGAUCAAUGGCAAGCACUCUACAAUUACCAAGUCUCCUUCCGAGUUCGGAUGGUAAGGCUUGACUCUUAUCCGUCCGCUGCCUUUGGUACACAGGCUUUAGGAGCUUGUUGCGGUGAUGGUGUUGAGCAGCUUGUUCACAUUUCCGAUAACUCGGCAUUCCCUAAGGCGGGACUCAGAACAGGUGCUACCAUGAGUACCAAGGGAAUUUAUCACUAUCCUACUCAAAUUAUAAACUCCACGUUGGCAAAAGAGUUUUUACAACUUGGUGCUUCCUCCGAUGGCCAAUUUACUACUGCGAGCACAGCAGGCGUCAUUAAUAACAUUGAUGGCAGAGAACAAAUGGUCUUUUACGUUCCAUUCUCCACUGAUUGGGCUGUAACCUCUGUAUGGUUGCAACACGCUUGGAUCGACUGGGGUACAAGAGGCCUUUAUACUGGAUACAGAAGAGCACUAUUACCUACACAGAUUGAUGAUAUGUUUUUGGAGUCAGACAUUUAUUCGCCCACUGGAACGACCUACCGUAUUGGCACGGAUGAUUUGGCACAACAUAUUACUUUUAUGCGCACGAUCAAUUCCAAGUUAAAUGCUGGAAGCAACUGGUUUAUUGAAGUUGGUCACAAUGGCAACGGAAACAUCGAAAAAUCUGAUGAACUCAACAACGGUGGAAAAACCUGUAGUCCUGGACCUAUUGAGUAUGGUGAACAGAUAGAUACACCGCUGGAAUGGGUCAAGCCUCUUGGAACGGGAACCAAUAUCUGGCCUUCCACAGCGGGUCUCUAUCCCAAUUACAGCUCAACGUGCAUGGACAAGGACCCUUUGCUCCAAUGGUGGACUACUCCCUCUAAUCUUAAUGCUUAUGCACACGUAUCCCACACGUUCACUCAUGAGGAUCAAAAUAAUGCGACAUAUUCCGAUGUAUAUAAAGAAAUCACUUGGAACCAGGCCUGGCUCGCUGCGACUGGAAUUGCUAAUGCCGAAAAGUUUGCUUCGACAGGACUUAUCCCGCCCGCCAUCACAGGACUUCAUAACGGAGAUGCGCUUAGGGCUUGGAGUGACAAUGGUAUCACACAUGUAGUUGGAGAUAACACUCGACCGGCACUUCUAAACCCUAACAAUGAACAUUGGCCUUUGUUCACUACUGUUGCAGCUAACGGUUUUGCCGGCAUUCAGAUAACUCCUAGAUGGGCGACUAAUAUUUACUACAACUGUGACACGCCUGCUUGUACUGUCUUGGAAUGGAUCAACACCAGUGCCGGAUCGGGUGAUAUUAACACUCUCCUUGAGAUCGAGAAACAGACAAACGUCAGGCAUUUGCUGGGUCUUCACCACGAUGCCUUCAUCAGGUUCCAUCAAGCCAAUUUGCGCUACAAUGGAGGAGCAACAUACACUAUAAAUGGAGUGACGGCAAAACUCUCGCUGUUCAUGGCUUGGGUUGAGACUGUGACGCAAGAAUUUGUUCGAUUGGUUGACUGGCCUCUUAUCUCCUAUAAACAUGAUGAUCUUGCUGCCGUGUUUCUCAACCGCAUGACCCGAGACGCUUGUGGGGCCAGCUUGUCAUAUCAACUCGACAUCACUUCCUCAUCAAUCACUGGCUUCACGCUCUUCGCAAACGGUGACACCUGUUCAACGCCAAUUCCUGUCACGCUUCCUGGCCCGGUCACCGACACGCAAGGAGCCACUGUCGAGCAGAUUGGCAGUGACCCUACAACUUUGUGGGUCACUUUGUCAGGCUCACCCGUCAGCUUUACUCUAAGCACUCCACUUCCAAUAGUGUAG